UUUCUGGAAGCUGUAAUUAGUCAGUACUCAGUUCUAACACUUUUUCAUUUUCUGCAAAUAAUUUUUCAAUUCUUAUCCCUUUAGUCCUUUUUCACAACCCCAUUUGUUGUAUUUUGGUAACUGAUAAAAAAAAUCCAUUCAAAAUUCUUCUUCUUUCUGUGCUACUUGUCAAUUGCCAGCAAGAACUCAUUUUUACACUGAUAAGUAAGAGACUUUAAGGUAUCUUGAAAAAAGAAUAUUUGGGUAUAUCAAAUUUGAAAAUGCUUGUUUCACAGCAAUUCAAGAUUCAAUUUUUCAGCCACCCUAGUUCUCAUACUAAGUUUCUAGCUCAUGGUAAAAGCUUAAAAGUUCCAACCAUUAAGCAAGGACUCUUUAAUCCCACUAUAGGUCAUAAUCUAUGUGUAAAGCACAAAUCUUUAGCUGUUUCUUUGAAUGUGGAUGAACCUAGAAGUUGCAAUCUUGAAGAAAAGAUUGAAGUGGUUCAAGAAAAAAGCUUUUGGGGUGCUGUGGGGUUGAUUGUAGGUACUGCUGUAGGGCCAGGAAUGUUGGGAUUACCUGCAGCAACUGUAAAAUCUGGUCCAAUUCCAUCAACCAUAUCUCUUUUGUUGACUUGGGUUUAUGUUAUUUCCUCUAUCAUUCUUGUGGCAGAGCUUAGUUUUGCAGCUAUGGAGGAAGAUGGGGUUGAUGAAGUUAGCUUUACUAGUCUUGCAACCAAGGCAUUAGGAAGCAAACUUGGGUCAUUUGUUGCUUUGAUUUAUGGUUCACUAACUUUUGCUUUGUUGGUAGCCUGUGUUUCAGGUAUUGGUUCAAUUAUUUCUCAGUGGUUUCCCAAGAUUAAUCAUGUUCUUGCUAAUGGGCUGUUUCCAUCACUAGUUGGGAUAGUUCUCUGUUUGUUACCUUUUAAGGUUAUUGAUGUAGCCAAUAGGUGCCUAUGCAUUACUAUGCUUUUCUCCAUUACAGCAUUAGUGGUUAUUGGAAUAUUUGUUGGGAGAAUCAGUAUUCUUGAUUCUUUUGGAUUUGCUUCUUGGAGAUUUUCAUCAGUUUUGCCUGCUAUUCCUGUGGCUGUGCUUACAAUGGGGUUCCAUGUAAUCACACCUUUCAUUUGUAAAAUUGCUGGAAACACUGUACAUGAUGCUAGAAAAGCAAUAAUUGUAGGUGGGACUAUUCCUUUAGUCAUGGUAGUAUCAUGGAAUUUGAUUGUUUUGGGACUAUCUAGUCAGAAUGCUUCAUCUAUCUCAAGCGAUCCGAUCUCACUCUUGCUCUCUGUCAAUUCCUCUGCUCUACCAGCAGUUCAAGGUUUUGCAUUUUCAGCACUAGCCACUAGUUUGAUAGGAUAUGCUGUUAGCUUUCCGAAACAGGUUGUUGAUACCUUGGAUUUGAUCUUUAGUAGUUCCAGUUCCAGUCCCAGUCCCAGCCCUUCUAGAGGAGUAGUAGGCAAAGUUGGUUCAGCCACAUUUAAGUUGAGGCAAAAUCUUGGAAAUGCAGGGAAAGUUUCUUAUAGCGGAAUCAAGAAUGCUAAUGCUUCAGAAAAUAGAGUGAACUCUGGUUUUGAAUCUUUACAAAGCCUUGUGAUUCCUUUUGUUCUAGCUUUGCCAGUUCUCAUUGGCUCUUUCUUUCCCUCUACAUUUUCAAGAGCUCUUGAUUUUGCUGGGAUUUACGCCAACUGCUUUCUGUUUGGCAUCCUUCCUCCGGUGAUGACGUACAUUUAUCAGUCCAGGAGAAAACUCAGGUCAGGCGUCUUGCCAGGAGGAGAUGGCGCGCUGCUACUACUUUUAGUCAUUGCUGUUAUUCUAGCCAUUUGGCAUUAGACAUUGUACUUCUCUGCUAGACUUGCAUCAUUGAUAUGCAUGCAAUUUUCCUGAUUCUUGAUGGUUCAAUGGAGAAU